UGUUUCCAACCGUUCCGGAUGUUUGGGCACUGAACUGAAAAAGUUCGCUAGAUCCCGGCCGAGAACAAUGAUUUACCCGGAGCGCUCGCGCUGAGUAAACCGUGCGAUCGCUAUCAGCGCGAGCGCUAUUCUACCAUGCGUUGCUCGUUGGCCAGAAAAUUGACGCUUGCCUUUCGCAUUUUGACAUUUUUCGUUCGAUGACGACAUUUAAAGAAUCAGAAUUGAGACUUAAAUUAGUUUUACAGCCCAUCGACGACAUUAAUCCAUAAGGAUUCUCUGAAUUCGGCGAUAACCACAGCGAAUUCGUCUGCGUCUUUCUUCGUCUUUGUCUUCGAUGUUGUCCUCUCAGUACUCGAAGAUGUGGAGUUGCUUAUGGAUAGUUAUCUUGAUUUCUUUGUCGAAGGAGCUGAUUCGUGCGAAUUCUCAGUCGAUUUUACUUCCUGGAGAGAUUGGUCUUGGUUCUUGGCGGUCGUCCAGCUGCCAGGCGCCUGACCCGGCGCUCUAUUUUCGGCCUGUGAUCGGGAUUUUGACUCAUCCUGCUCAUGGUGCUUCCAAUGGGCCUAAUGCUUCGAAUGCUUCGUUAAUUACUGCUUCUUAUGUGAAGUUCGUAGAAUCUGCUGGUGCUCGCGUUAUUCCUCUAAUCUAUAACGAGCCGCCGGAGAUUCUCGCUGAAAAGCUGAGUCUGGUCAAUGGAGUGCUGUUACCUGGAGGGUGGGCUAAAACUGGUUUGUUUUAUGAGAUUGUUGAGAAAGUAUUUAAGCAUGCUUUGGAAAAAAAUGAUUCAGGAGACCAUUUUCCCGUCUUUGCUAUUUGCCUAAGCUUUGAACUUCUUACUAUGAUCAUCAGCAAGGAUGUCAACAUUCUUGAACGGUUUAAUGCAUUAAAUCAGGCAUCUACUCUCCAAUUCACAGAGAAUUCAAUAAUUGAAGGCACAGUUUUCCAGAGAUUUUCACCAGAAUUGCUAAAGAAGUUGACAACAGAUUGCAUUGUCAUGGAAAACCAUCAAUAUGGUAUAUCAUUAGAAAGAUUCCAAAAGAAUCCUUCACUAUCCAGUUUUUUCAGGAUUUUGACAACAAGCAAAGAUAGAGAUGGGAAGGUUUAUGUCUCAACUGUUAAAUCACAUAAUUAUCCUGUAUCUGCAUUCCAGUGGCAUCCAGAGGUAAUACUUCCUUCUAAUGUGAGUGGUCUCUUUCAACCCAACUUUGUCAGCUAAUGGACUAGAAGAGCAAGAACUCUUAGGAAAUGCAUGAAGGCAGACACACUAUGGACAAUUUAGGAAGAGAGGAAUGUGAGGCUGUUUAACAAGGAGAUAAGAACCAAAGAUGGCAUCAUUGAACUAAUCAUAGCAAGGCUAGAUCAUUGGGUUAAAACAUUGAGAUAGUUUGAACUCUUCUCUACUGAUGACAUUGUAAGAAAUUGGGGAUUGGUAGCAAGAUCCUCUUCAGCCAAGUCCCAAGUUUCAGCUCAGUGGUCAGUUCUUCAAGUGAAUUUGAUAAAGAUGAAUUUUGAUGGCUGUAGCAGAGGAAAUCCAAGGCCCUCUGGAUUUGAGAGAGCCUUCAAAGAUUCCAACAAGAACAUUUUGGCAUUAUUUUCAGGAUCUAUUGGCCAAGGGAACUCCAUAGAAAUAUAGAUUACUGCAGUUGUGCAAGGACUUGGGGUGGCUAAAACAUGCCACCUACAAGGCUACAAAACCUAAUAAUAGAAGGAGAUUUGGUGGUGCAAUGGUUGACGAACCAAUAACUGACCCCCUGAUCAUGCAGAAAUACAAAGAAGGAAAUUAAGAUGUUGAUGAGGGAUAGAAUGGUAGAUGUACAAUGGGUUUAAUGAUCAGUAAAUGGACUGGUUGACAUGUUGGCAAGAACUGACCCCCUGAUCAUGCAGAAAUACAACGAAGGAAAUUAAGAUGCUGAUGAGGGAUAGAGUGCGGAAACUUUCCCUUCUCAGGG